AUGACGGCGAGCCGCUUCUUAACGGGCUUUCCCUUCGUGGGGGAAUACACGAGCAUCGAGUUCCAGCAGGAGGUGCCCAUCUACCGCAUCUGCUCGCUCUGUGGCGCGGUGCCCUCGGAGUUGUACCUGACCAAGUGCUCGCACUUCUUCUGCCCAAAGUGCUUCGGCAAGCUGCGUGAAGACGACGACACGUUCGUCUGUCCCUUUGACAACGAGCGUAGCAUGCAAGACCAGGUGUACCAUGAUACGACUUCCGCCGACAUUCUGAAAGGUUUCCGCGUCGCCUGCCCGAACAAAGCCAACGGCUGUGACCACGUCGGUCCCCUCAACGGCCUCAAGGAGCAUCUGAGUGGUUGCGGUCACCAAAGCGUCCAAUGCGCCGUCUGCAUGAAGGAGAUGAAGCACCAGGAUGUUGCGGCACACCUGAAGCUGGAGUGCUCGCGCAGCCUGCAGCAGCAGCCCAGCGCCAUUCCGCAGCAGCAAGAGGCCGGCGAGGGCUCCGGCGUGGCGGGCUUUGCUGGACGGGCCGAUGACGGCACGCUGAUCUUCACGGGCGCCGAGGCCUGUCAGAUCAGCGAAGUGCGUGAGAAGCUGGACGACGUGUGUCGCGAGGUGAAGUGGCUCAAGGAGAACUUUGCUGAGCUCGAGGCGAUCCGGAGCACAGUAAGGGCUGUUCAGGACACUGUCAAGAAUGAGAUGAAGAAGAUGCGUGAGGACUCGGCCAUUGCGAACAAGCGGAUCGUGACCAAGAUAGAGAAGAUCCAGAGCUACCUGAAAGGCCGAAUAGACAGCAUAGAGGAUCGCUUCCGGUCCAGCAAGUUUGCCUGGCAAGUCAACAACUUUUCCAAGAUCAAGGAGCAGGUGCUCGAGGGCAAGUCAAAGUCCUUCUUCAGCGAUGACUUCUACGUGGGGAUUCAGGGCUACAAGAUGUACCUGGGUGGACACUUUGCAGAGAAGGACGAAAAGGGUAACAUUUGCCUCAGCGUGUACGUGUACAUCACCAAGGGGCCCUACGAUCCAACGCUGCAAUGGCCUUACAGGAGGCGCAGUACGUUCGUAAUUGUGGACCAGAAGAACAACACAUACCACAAGAUUGCCGAGAUUGUGCCCGAGGAUCUGGGAAAAGAACUGGAACACUGCUUUCUACGCCCCAAGGACGGUGAGAACGAGGGCAUCGGCUACACGGCCAUCAUGACACUCGACGACAUUGAGAACCCGGAAAACGGCUACGUGGUCAACGACUCGUUCAUCAUCACUUUCAUCACCUGCGAAGCUUAAAGCCUCACUCUGAACCAAAGGACAGCUGUAUUGCUGCCGAUGUAUGUCCUCUGAUGCCCAUACAAAUGUGCAGGGCAUUGGCACAUUGAUGGGCGUCUGGACUACAGCGGCUUUGCGGUAACCAUCGACAGCAGUCUUGA